GUCCAGCCUCUACAUUGUUAACCUAAUAGUUAUACCCUCACGACUACUUCAAUCAUACUACCUUACUAUCACAAUGAAAUUCCUCCUCCUAGCCACGGCCCUCGCCUCAGCGGCGUUCGCCAAAGUGCCCGAAUGGCACGCCCACUACCGCAUGAACACCGCCGACUACCAAUCCACCUUCGACAGCUACCUCAGCCAGGGCUUCAAGGUCAACAGCGUCAGCGGAUACGAGCGCGACGGCGAGCCCAACUACGCCGCCAUCUUCGAGAAGAAUGAAGCCGGGGUUGCGUGGUGGUCGCACACGCGCAUGUCUUCGGCCGCGUACCAGCAGAAGUUCGACAAGUAUGUGGGGCAGGGGUAUCGGCUGCGGCAGGUUAAUGGGUAUAAUGUGGCUGGGGAGACGUAUUAUGCUGCUGUCUGGGAUAAGACGCCCUCUGGGCCUUGGGUGUCGAGGCAUGGGAUGGAUGAGGAGGGGCUGAAGAAGUACUUUGAGCAGUAUGUCGAUAAGGAGGGGUAUCGGCUUGUGCAUGCCAGUGGGUAUGAGGUUAAGGGGGAGGCGCGCUAUGCUGCGAUUUGGGAGAAGACUGGGGAGGAGGAUGUUAAGUGGGCGUCUUGGGUUGAUAUGAGUGCGGAUGGGCUGCAGAAGAGGUUCGAUGAUUAUCUGAAGGACGGAUAUCGGCUUACGGAUGUCGCUGGGUAUGCGGUUAAGGAUACGGUUUACUAUGCUGGCGUCUGGGAUAACUCAACGUCUGGGGCUUGGGAGGCGCGCAGUGGGAUGGACUCCCCUGGUUUCCAGAAGAACUUUGAUAAGUUCAAGGCUGAUGGGUACGUGAUUGAUGUGCUGAAUGGGUAUGACACUCCUGCUGGUGACCGCUAUGCUGCCAUUUGGAGCAAGCAUUAGAUUUCUUGAGCCUUCUAGCUAUUCUAUCCGUUGUUUCGAUUACUUUAACAUAUAUUCACGAAUAUACAUUCACUAUUGUUGAAGGCUGU